AUGCCGUCAUUCGAAGACCUCCCCUUCGAGAUUCUCUCGCAGAUCCUCACGCUCGCCGCCGAGCUCAACGUCAACGAAGAAGCCACAUACACAUACGGCCUGACACAGGCACCUCGAUCAAACCAGCGUCAUCCCCUCCAACGCUACGUCCGCGGCCGUGUCCCUACAGAUGUCCUGCGCUGGAACACCGUAAACUCAUACAGACUUGUCAAUUCACGAUGGCACCACUGGGCGCUAUCAUACGCCCUCAAGGAUGUCUACGUACGGCGGUGGAGAGGCGGUGAACAAUGGGGCAAGGAAUCGUUCAGAGAAGCCGACAAGAGCUCGCAGACCCCCGGGUUCGCCCCCGUCGUCUUCCAGGACCCCUACAAAUCCAUCAAGUCCACCGCGAAGCUCUUCACCGACUACCCCCAGAUCACCGCCCACAUCCGCCGGCUAUGGUUCAACGGUAUCUACCAGCACGACACCAACAAGUACAUCUUCCAGAUCCUACACAAUGCCGUCAACGUGCGCAAUGUCGUUGUUCCAUGGACCACGCUGCGCUUCGGGACGGAGGCAGAGUGGCAGCGAUUGAUGUCAUUCCCACGUCUGACAUCGCUCGAGCUGCUCACCAUUGGCCUGCGCGAGAGCUCAGUCACGAACCCAGCAAACAACACCGACCACGCUGUGCUGAGGACGGGCAAUGGCUUGAACUUUAGCGGGCUGAAGAGAUUCAAGAUCUUUGGUGACUCAAACCUCAACCCCAUCACGGACGAGGACCUCUACUACAUUUCACGAACUGCCACAAACCUCGAAGAGAUCCACAUCACCGGUGCAUCAUCAAUCACAAUCAAGGGUGUCGCCGCAUUGGUCGCCAGCUCCUUCCAAACACUCAAGCUCCUCGAGUUCACCCCUCUAACGGACGAAGGCUUCAGCCACCCCAGCUCCGACGCCGUUCACCCGCACCUGCACAUCUGCUCGCUCAUCGCGUCAUGCCCGCGUCUCAAGGACCUCGCCAUCACAGUACCCGCCUGCUGCCCGGAGAUGUUCUCACGCCCCUCAGUCGCCUGGCAGGAGACAGCACGCAUCCGCGUCGCUGGCCGCGGCAACUGCAACCCCGCCGGGCUCCCGCUCGACAUGAACAUCGAGGGCUUCAUCCACACGCUCGAGUCCGCGCGCGACCUGGUAUCGCCGGCGGCGCGCAAGGGGCGCGGAGAGCUCGACAUCGAGAUCGCGGUCGGGAACUGGCUGUUUGAUGUCAAGACAGGCUUCGUGCACGGUAACUUCCUGGAGGCCAAGAAGGCGUCGGAGAUGCUAUGGGCGCCCGAGGAGUUCCCGACGACGAAGGGCCCGUAUGGGCAUACGGGGCUGUAUGGCGAUGUCGAGGAUGUCAAGGGCGAGUGGUCGUGCGUGCCUUCAAGAGACUUCUUUGAGGCGAUGCGGUGGGGUCUGGUGAGGUUUGAUAACUAG